UUGAUCGAGUACGAUAGCACAAAGAAGUUGUUGAGAUCGAAAGACUCACAAAUUCGUCAUCUUCUAAGUGAACAAAUCCAACACUGCAUUAUUGCAACAGAUCCGAGUGGCACAUCAGCUGUUGGAGGAUCAGGUGUUAAAGAGCUGGCAAAGUUACUCAAGAAAGAGCCAUCAUCCGGCGAUAGUGAGGACAGUAGUCCGGUUCAUCUGUAUCCGAUGCUCGAGAAUGAGCGGACGCCUUCGGAAAAAACUUCGUUGGAAACGUCUGAAUUCGAAAAAAUUUGCGAAAGUGCCGGUAAAGGCACACCGACAAGUGUUGAAAACAGUGAUCUCGAAGUGAUUGAAACGAAAUCUGAUUUAGAAGACCACUGA